CGCUGCCACUCCUUCUUUUCAGUCGGUGGUUUUAAUGUGAGAAAGCAGAGCGGAAGUGUGUGUGUGUGUGAGAUUCUACUUCCGCUCCAGAUGAUGGUGAAGAUGAUGGAGAUGGAGUCUCAGUGUGAAUACUUCAUGUAUUUUCCCGCGGUUCCCAUCACGGAUCUAUCGGACCCGGCUCGGUACCGGACUCUGCCCCGCAGGAGUCACCUGUACCUGGGGGAGACGGUCCGGUUCCUGCUGGUUCUGCGGUGUAGAGACGCAGCAGAAACCGGGGGCAUUGACGGCACACCAGCAAGUUUUGGCACAGAGUCGGCCAGUGGCCGAGCGUGGAGAGAACUGGCCGGGUCUCUGUGUGCGGUGGCGAGCGUGAGUCCAGGCGAGGGCAGCCGUCACCGGGGGAACCAGCAUCACCAUCACCACGACUACCAGGGCAGCAGCGACGAAGCCAACGACGACGGCGAGGAGGACUACAUCGCAGCUGCUGAGGCUGCCAUCGCGGCUCUGGGCAGCAGGGUGGACUCUCGCUGCCGCAGCUUCAGGGACUGUAAACCUCUGCUGAUCCAUAACUCUUCAGGGACGUCGUCCAGAGAGUUCCGCCGGGCGCCUGUCCAGUCUCCUUUAGAUGAACCGGUGGUGCUGACGGAUGAGGUUAUCUUCCCUCUGACCGUCUCUCUGGACAAACUUCCUGUUAGCACGCUGAAGGUUAAGGUCAUGGUCACCGUGUGGAAGAAGGAGGCGGAGAAAGCCGAGGUGCAGGAACUGGGUUACCUGAGUGUUUUACAGCAACGAGAACCAACUCACACCUUCAGACACGACCUGAACACAUUCAAGGCUCAGGUGAGCACCACCCUGACCGUCCUGCCUCCACCCACUGUCCGCUGUAAGCAGAUGACCGUCAGUGGGAAACAGCUGACCGUCCUCAAAGUGUUAAAUGAAUCUUCUCAGGAGGAGGUCAGUGUCCGUGACCUUCGUAUUUUGCCGAACCUGAACGCCUCCUACCUUCCCAUGAUGCCAGACGGUUCUGUGCUGUUGGUGGACAACGUGUGCCAUCAGUCAGGUGAGGUGGGAAUGGCCUCUUUCUGCAAGGUGGAUAGCCCCGCCUCCCGCCUUCCCAGCAUGCUCAGCUCUCUGGAGGAGCAGGACUUCCUGUUCCAGCUGCACCUGAAUGAGACGGAUCAGGACGAGUCCACCGAGGGCUUGGAGGUCCCCCUGGUGGCUGUGCUGCAGUGGUCCACUCCCAAGAUGCCUUUCACUAACUCCAUCAACACCCACUACAGGUUGCCGAGCAUCCGUCUGGACCAACCGCGCUUCGUCAUGACGGCCAGUUGUCCGAGCACGGUCAAGGUCAAAGAACACUUCAAGGUCAAAUAUGUCCUGCUCAACAACCUGCAGGACUUCCUGGCUGUCCGCCUGGUCUGGACUCCAGAGGGGCGGGGUCAGGUGGAUGAUGCGGCGCUGACCUCAGUGGUGUGUCGCUCUCCUCUCAGUAACCUGGGUCACUGUCGGAAAGGCAGCACGCUGUCCUUCAGCGUCAACUUCCAGGUCCUCAAACCAGGACUUUACGAGCUGAGUCAGCACAUGAAGUUGAAGCUCCAGUUCACGGCGUCCGUGGCCAACCCUCCGCCUGACGCUCGCCCUCUCUCACGUAAGAACAGUCCGUCCAGUCCGGCUGUUCGCGACCUGCUGGACCGACAUCAGGCCAGUCUGGGUCGAUCCCAGUCCUUCUCUCACCAGCAGCCGUCCAGAUCCCACAUCAUGAGGACCGGCAGUGCCAUGGAGCGUCGAGCGAUCACGCCCCCUGUUGGUUCACCUGUGGGUCGACCGUUGUACCUACCUCCCCAGGACAAAUCCCUCCUGUCACUGGACAAGAUCGCCAAGAGGGAGUGUAAAGUCCUGGUCGUUGAUCCGGUCAGCUAGGACUGAGGGACCAAUCAGCAGCCAGCCUCAGCUGUCAGUCAGAAUCCAUCAGUACUGCAGGCAGCCACCAGGGGGUGAUAUGUUACGUUAGUAACUCAAAAACCUUGAGCAUUGAUAAGGUGGAGCUGAAGAGGAAACACAUCUGUAAAAAUCACGUCUACAGGAAGUAGAUUUAUUUAUUUAUUUAUUCUUUAUUUAUUUCAGUAUUAUGUGACGUCAUCAUAAGAGUUGAUUAAAAACCUCAGUCUGGUCCGAUUACAUCAAACAGUAUGUAUAAAUGUGAAUAAAUAAACAGUAUUAACGAUGC